GAAUCAGCUUCCUUCAAAGCCCCUUUUGUUUCAAAAUACAACUUCAAGAUGCACUGUCAUGUCCUUCCGUUUCCCUCAAAUGGACUCUGUUGCUACUGCACGAAUAUAUCGAAUCAUGCUGCGUUGCAGGGCACGAUUGAAACCUUAGAACGGAUCACCCAAUGGCGCGCUCGUCGGGGAUGCCAUCGAUGACUUGCAGCUGCCUCUUAUCAGGUUCCGGAAAUACAAUGAAGCGGUUCAUCGAUGAACGGUUCGCCUCGGCUGACAGGUCAGACAGAGGCCGUACCUCGGUUACUAUAUGUCCCAGUAAAUUUUAUUGCGGAUCGCCGUUGUGAAUAGUAUAAAACGGGCCAUAUCCACGUUUGGCCUUACCCGUUCAUCUUUCCUUCGGUCAAGAAAUAUACAGUCAUGCCUUCCGCGAACGCAGCUCUUCUCUCGCUAGGCCAGAAGCACACUACCCACGGUUUGGGACGUGUUAUCGAUGAUGCUAUUAUCGAGAAUGCCUCUGGAUCUUACAUGUCUUUCGACGAUGGCCGGACGAUGCUUGACUUCACCUGUGGUAUCGGUGUGACUUCCCUAGGACACUGCCACCCUCAAAUCUCUAAAGCUGCUGCCGACCAAUGCAUGUCAGUAGUCCAUGGACAGUGCUCCAUAGCGUUCCAUACUCCAUACGUAAGACUCAUCGAAGAACUCAUUCCCAUGAUGCCCCACCCUUCACUCGACUCCUUCUUCUUCUGGAACUCGGGAUCGGAGGCUAUUGAGGCCGCUCUAAAGAUUGCGCGUAUCGCGACGGGCAGGCAGAACAUUAUCUGUAUGCAGAGUGCGUACCACGGUCGCACAUUCGGCGCUAUGGCCGUCACGCGCAGCAAGACUGUUUACUCCGCUGGAGUCCACCCCAUCAUGCCCGGUGUUUUCCAGACGCCUUAUCCAUACUUCCAUCCACUCGGUCUUCCCAAGGAGACUUCUCCCGCCGAACUGUCUGAGUACUGCCUCAAGCAGCUCGGCAUCGUUCUCACCAGCCAGACUGCUCCUGCCGACACCGCCGCUAUCAUCGUUGAGCCCAUUCUUGGCGAGGGUGGUUACGUUUCGACACCCGUCGAGUUCCUCCAGGGACUUCGCAGGAUCUGUGACACAUAUGGUAUCAUGUUGAUCAUCGACGAAGUUCAGAGUGGAUUUUCACGCAGUGGUGAUUACUUUGCUAUUGAGCAGAGUGGAGUCAAGCCUGAUAUCCUAGUCGUUGCUAAGGGUCUCGCGAACGGGUUCCCUCUUAGUGGUGUUAUCAGCCGGAAGGAGCUCACCGAUAAGCUCGUUCCUGGAUCGAUGGGUGGAACGUAUGCUGGUAAUGCCAUUUCCUGUGCUGCCGCCGUCCAAGUCGCCAAGAUCAUGAAGGGCGGCGACAUUCUGCCCAACGUUCGCGCACGCUCCAAGCAGGCGUUUGACGCGUUGAACGCACUGGCGACUGACCCUCAAGUCGGCAAGUAUAUCCUCGACGUCCGUGGUCGUGGCCUCAUGAUUGGUCUUGAGUUCAAGUCGCCUGCUGGUCCUGCUGAGAUCAAGUCAGGCCUUGUUUCGCAAGCCUCCUCUGAUAUCCCGGCUGGCCUCGCAGCGAAGGUGAUGAAACGAUGCGUCAAGAAGGGUCUUCUCAUUUUGACGACGAGCGCCUUCGAGGUCUUGCGUCUCAUCCCUCCCCUCAAUAUUACCGAAGAGGAUAUGAAGAAGGGUCUCGAGAUCAUCGCGGAUUCAGUCAGGGAGGUUGUCAAGGAGAGCUCUUAAUUUUAUUUUGGGAUGCUGGACUGGGUAUCUCGAGGUUUGUUUUUUUGGCUGUAGGUCUCGACGAAACGAAACAAAAUGACGCGUACAGAUGACUGGCGAUGUACCGUAUACGCAUCUUUGGCCUGUUGUCUUUGCAUAAUGACGUGUAUCUAUAAUGUACUUGCAGCGCUUAGAAGCAUGGAGCACGAUGACCGUUGUCGC